AGCGUCCGAGACUGCGUCGCGCAGCAUCGCGUCGGCCCGGCCCGGCCCGGCCCCCGGGCAGAUGCCCCGAGUUGCCGCUGUCGCCGCCGCCGACUCGGCCGGUGGCGGUGUGGGAGGCGGGCGCUUGGCCCGGGGCCGCCGAGCGUGACAGACGCGGCCGGGGCCGCCGGGGGCUGUCGGGGCCGCGCGCGGACCAUGUAUUUCCUGAGCGGCUGGCCCAAGAGGCUGCUCUGCGCGCCGCGGAGCCCGGCCGAGGCGCCGCUCCACGUCCAGGCUGACCCUCGGAGAGCGUUCUUCGCCGUGCUGGCCCCGGCCCGCCUCAGCAUCUGGUACAGCCGACCGAGUGUGUUAAUUGUAACAUACAAGGAACCAGCUAAAUCAUCUACUCAGUUUGGAUCUUACAGACAAACAGAAUGGAGGCCCGAUAGCACCAUGAUAGCAGUGUCCACAGCAAAUGGCUACAUCUUGUUUUUUCAUAUUACAUCUUCAAGAGGGGAGAAAUACCUUUAUGAACCAGUGUAUCCCAAAGGAAGUCCACAAAUGAAGGGGAUACCUCAUUUUAAGGAAGAACAUUGUGCCCCAGCAUUGAAUUUAGAAAUGAAGAAAAUAUUGGAUUUGCAAGCCCCCAUCAUGAGUUUGCAGUCUGUCCUGGAAGAUCUCCUUGUUGCAACUUCUGAUGGACUUCUUCAUCUUAUUCAUUGGGAAGGAAUGACAAAUGGAAGAAAAGCCAUCAAUCUUUCUACAGUACCAUUUUCAGUAGACCUUCAGUCAUCUAGAGUAGGUUCAUUCCUCGGCUUUGCAGAUGUGCACAUUAAAGAUAUGGAAUACUGUGCCACACUUGAUGGAUUUGCUGUUGUGUUUAAUGAUGGUAAAGUUGGAUUUAUUACACCAGUAUCCAGUAGAUUUACUGCAGAGCAACUUCAUGGAGUUUGGCCACAAGAUGUUAUUGAUGGGACUUGUGUUGCAGUAAAUAACAAAUACCGAUUGAUGGCCUUUGGUUGUGCAAGUGGUUCUGUGCAAGUUUAUACAAUAGACAACACUACUGGAGCCAUGCUGCUGUCUCAUAAACUAGAACUUACAGCAAAGCAGUAUCCUGACAUCUGGAACAAAACAGGAGCUGUGAAAUUGAUUAGAUGGUCUCCUGACAACAGUGCUGUAAUAGUAACCUGGGAGUAUGGAGGUCUUUCUCUGUGGAGUGUGUUUGGAGCCCAGCUGAUAUGUACACUUGGAGGAGACUUUGCUUACAGGUCAGAUGGUACCAAAAAAGAUCCCCUUAAGAUCAGCUCCAUGAGCUGGGGUGCAGAAGGCUAUCACUUAUGGGUGAUCAGUGGCCUGGCUUCUCAGCACACGCAGACUGAGACUGACCUCAGGAGCUCCGUUAAACAGCCCAGCAUUUUGCUAUUUCAGUUUAUCAAGAGUGUACUCACCGUAAACCCUUGUAUGAGUAACCAAGAACAGGUGUUGCUUCAGGGAGAAGAUCGGUUAUACUUGAACUGCGGGGAAGCCGCACAGACCCAGAAUCCGAGGUACUCUUCACCACGUGCUGAGCAUAUGCCCAGGCAGGAGAAGAGCCCGUUUUCAGAUGGUGGUCUGGAGUCUCCGGGGUUAAGCACUUUACUUGGGCAUCGGCAUUGGCAUGUUGUACAGAUUUCCAGCACCUAUCUAGAAAGCAAUUGGCCUAUACGGUUUUCAGCUAUUGAUAAACUUGGACAAAACAUCGCUGUAGCCGGCAAGUUUGGAUUUGCACACUAUUCUCUGCUCACCAAAAGAUGGAAACUUUUUGGAAACAUUACUCAGGAACAAAAUAUGAUUGUGACUGGUGGCUUGGCCUGGUGGAAUGACUUUAUGGUCCUUGCCUGUUAUAACUUAAGUGACCGUCAAGAAGAGCUCAGAAUCUAUCUACGGACAUCCAACCUGGACAAUGCCUUUGCUCAUGUCACCAAAGCACCAAUGGAAACAUUACUGCUUAGUGUCUUCCGGGACAUGGUGGUCGUGUUUAGAGCAGACUGUUCAAUAUGCCUUUACAGUAUUGAAAGAAAAUCCGAUGGUUCGAAUACUGCAGCUACUGUUCAGGUUCUUCAGGAGGUCUCCAUGUCUCGGUACAUUCCUCACCCCUUCCUGGUAGUGUCUGUCACACUGACGUCAGUGAGCACAGAGAAUGGCAUCACCUUGAAAAUGCCGCAGCAGGCUCGUGAUGCAGAGAGCAUAAUGCUGAACCUUGCAGGACAGCUCAUCAUGAUGCAAAGGGACAGGUCAGGCCCGCAGAUCCGGGAAAAGGACAGUAACCCUAACCAAAGGAAGCUUCUGCCGUUCUGUCCUCCUGUUGUGCUAGCCCAGUCUGUGGAAAAUGUCUGGACCACCUGCCGAGCACACAAGCCAAAGCGGCACCUUCUGGAGGCCCUCUGGCUGAGCUGCGGUGGAGCGGGGAUGAAGGUGUGGCUCCCUCUCUUCCCCAGGGACCACCGCAAGCCCCACUCCUUCCUGUCGCAGCGGAUCAUGCUGCCUUUCCACAUCAACAUUUACCCGCUGGCCGUGCUGUUUGAAGAUGCGUUGGUCCUCGGUGCUGUCAAUGACACUCUCCUCUAUGACUCUCUGUACACACGGAACAGUGCUAGGGAGCAGCUGGAGGGGCUCUUUCCCUUCUGCGUUGUGGAGAGAACCUCUCAGAUCUACCUCCACCACAUCCUCCGGCAGCUCCUGGUCAGGAACCUUGGUGAGCAAGCCCUCCUGCUGGCUCAGUCCUGUGCUGCAUUACCUUACUUCCCUCACGUGCUGGAACUCAUGCUGCAUGAAGUGCUGGAAGAAGAAGCUACCUCACGGGAGCCCAUUCCCGACCCUCUGCUUCCCACCGUGGCCAAGUUCAUCACCGAGUUCCCCCUUUUCCUUCAGACAGUGGUGCAUUGUGCCAGGAAGACUGAGUACGCACUAUGGAAUUACCUUUUUGCAGCUGUUGGAAACCCCAAGGACUUAUUUGAGGAAUGUUUGAUGGCUCAGGAUUUGGACACAGCUGCCUCUUACCUUAUUAUCUUACAGAAUAUGGAAGUCCCAGCAGUCAGUAGGCAGCAUGCCACCCUUCUGUUCAACACAGCACUGGAACAGGGCAAGUGGGACCUGUGUCGACACAUGAUUCGAUUUCUUAAAGCCAUUGGUUCUGGAGAAUCUGAGACCCCUCCAUCCACACCUACGUCUCAGGAGCCCAGUUCAAGUGGUGGGUUUGAGUUCUUCAGGAAUCGGAGCAUCAGUUUAUCCCAGUCAGCUGAAAAUGUUCCUCCUGGUAAAUUCGGCUUACAGAAAACACUAAGUAUGCCAACUGGUCCUUCUGGGAAAAGAUGGAGCAAAGACAGUGACUGUGCUGAGAACAUGUACAUCGACAUGAUGCUGUGGAGACACGCCCGGCGCCUCCUGGAAGAUGUGCGCUUGAAAGACCUUGGCUGCUUCGCAGCCCAGCUAGGCUUUGAACUGAUCAGCUGGCUGUGCAGAGAACGCUCCCGAGCCGCCCGUGUAGACAACUUUGUAGUAGCCCUGAAGAGACUUCACAAGGAUUUCCUGUGGCCACUUCCCAUUAUCCCAGCCUCUUCCCUUAGCUCCCCAUUCAAAAAUGGGAAGUGCCGAGCAGUGGGAGAGCAGCUGUUAAAGUCUCAAUCAGCUGACACUUUUAUUACCCCUGAGAUGGGUGCUGGCAUCUCUAACAUCCAACGAAGUCAGAGCUGGCUCAGCAACAUUGGCCCCACCCAUCGCGACGCAGACAUCGCUUCAUCUCCUGGACCACAAAUGCAAGAUGCUUUCCUGUCACCAUUAUCUAAUAAAGGGGAUGAGUGCAGCAUUGGUUCAGCUACAGACUUGACUGAAAGCAGCUCCAUGGUGGAUGGAGACUGGACAGUGGUGGAUGAAAACUUCUCCACACUCAGCCUGACUCAGUCUGAGCUGGAGCACAUCUCCAUGGAGCUGGCGAGCAAAGGGCCCCACAAAUCUCAAGUGCAGCUUCGUUAUUUGCUGCACAUUUUCAUGGAGGCCGGAUGUCUGGACUGGUGUGUUGUCAUCGGCCUCAUUCUCAGAGAAUCCUCAGUGGUCAGUCAAAUUCUUGGGAUUGCUCAGUCUUCAGAGAUGGAUGGAGAAAUGUUACAGAACAUAAAAACAGGGUUGCAUGCUGUAGACCGCUGGGCCUCUACAGACUGCCCUGGAUAUAAGCCAUUUUUAAACAUCAUUAAGCCACAACUGCAGAAGCUCAGUGAGAUAACAGAAGAACUGGUCCAGCCUGACACCUUCCAGCCAAUAACAGUGGGUAAGACUCCUGAACAGACCAGCGCCCGGGCAGAGGAGAACAGAGGCUCUUCCAGCCACGGAAGCAUCUCUCAGAGUGAGACUGGGAGUAACAGCAUGGUCGGCCGGAAAGAAGAGGACACAGCACAGGCGGAAGAGGAAGAGCCAUUUCAGGAUGGGGCUUAUGACUGUUCCGUGUCCUGACAACAGUGAGCACGUCAUAGCGGGCAGUAUUAGUCACAGCAGUGUGCAACUGAGCACAUUAUGACCUGCUGAAUGAUUUAACAGGUAAAAAAACUUGGGUCAGAACACUUUCGUAAAGUAUUAUAAUUUAAUGAACUCUUCCUCUAAACCUCUGACUCCAUUAAAAAAAAAAAGUGUGGUAUCAAAGCAUCUUUCAUAAGAAAAAUUUAAGCUGCAAUAGAAAGUAAUGAACAUUAUAUAGAUGCACACAUAGAAUAUUUUUAUUUAAUUCACAACAGAUUGGUAGUUGUAUGGAUUAUUCAUAACAGAUUGUUAAUGUGUAGGGAUUAUUUUGCCCCAAGUGAGCUUACUUUUUCAGUACUUAUAGCUUCCAUAUUUUCUGGUUCAGUGUGUGUCUAGACUGGUUUUGUUUUUGUGGGGUGGGUUGGUUGUUUUUAACUUUCUUUUAAAUAAGUGUUAAGGUGCUUGCUGGAGCUCAUCAGGUACCAGAGCUACUUGUUUGCGUCCCUGUGUAGAGUCGGCUGGACUCUUAAGUGGCCCUCGGACUCCUACUCUUGGGCAGACUGAGUCAGUGGACAGAGACCCUUGGCUUCGGUCCUCUGCUCACUAGCAGUCCUGAAUCGAUGGAAGCUUUACCUGUGAGGCGAUGUGCCUGUUUUAGCAAGCUUAAUUCCUACUAGAUCAACGUGGGCCGAGGGUGAAGGGGUUCUUAUCAAUUAUGCUGACACCACUAAAUUUUGUAUCAAAGAACUGUUAUCUUUUUGUGAAUAUUCAUGUAAAUAUACUCAAAGGCACUGUCCAUAUUUGUAAGGUGUGUAUUAUAAUCUAUAAGGUUUUACGCUGGAUUCUGCAUGACUAUCCUCACUCUUGGAAUAAAGACAGACUUUUUCUUCUUUCCAAAAUGAGCGGUUGUCAUAGAGGAAGACAGGUGUGUUGGCCCAGCUAUAAAGUAGUAGUUAUCCCACUGAUCAUGAGGUGGAACAGGUUUUGUGCAAAUUAAUGUAGUUUCUUAUUUAUUGCUUUUGUAAAUUGAAUAAAAAUGGGCUUUUAUGUAAA